UCACCUCUCUGUCUCUCUGUCCCAGUGUUCCUGACGUGGGUAAACUGUUCCAGCGUGCGCUGGGCCACCAGGAUCCAGGAUGUGUUCACAGUGGCCAAGCUGCUGGCUCUGGGACUCAUCAUAGCUGUGGGACUGGUGCAGAUCUGCAGAGGUCACUAUGAUGCUUUGAGACCCAGUCAGGCGUUUGAGUUCACACGGGACCCCUCUGUCGGUCAGAUAGCUCUGGCUUUCCUCCAGGCCUCCUUCGCCUUCAGCGGCUGGAACUUCCUGAACUACGUCACUGAGGAGGUGGUGGAGCCACGCAAGAACCUGCCCCGGGCUAUCUACAUAUCCAUUCCCCUGGUGACGUUAGUCUACACUCUGACCAACAUUGCAUACUUCUCCUCCAUGACCCCCGAAGAGCUGUUGGCAUCCAACGCCGUGGCCGUGACAUUUGGUGAGAAGUUGCUGGGCGUCUUCUCCUGGGUGAUGCCCAUCUCUGUAGCUCUGUCUACAUUCGGAGGAAUCAACGGCUAUCUCUUCACUUCAUCCAGGUUGUGUUUCUCUGGAGCCAGAGAGGGUCACCUGCCUUACCUGUUGGCCAUGAUCCACCUGAAAAACUGCACCCCUAUUCCCGCUCUGCUAGUCUGUUGCGGAGCCACCAUUGUGAUCCUGUGUAUCGGAGAGACUCACAACCUGAUCAACUAUGUGUCGUUUAUUAACUUCCUGUCCUAUGGAGUGACCAUCGCUGGCCUGCUGUACUAUCGCUGGAAGAGACCCAACCUGCUACGACCCAUCAAGGUGAGUGUGUUGGUCCCUAUCAGUUACCUGGUGUUCUGGGCGGUGCUGCUGGGGUUCAGCCUGUACUCGGAGCCUGUGGUGUGUGGCAUGGGGAUCGUCAUCAUGCUCACCGGGGUACCCGUCUACUUCGUCGGAGUCCACUGGAAGAACAAGCCCAGAUGUGUCUACAGGGUCGUGGAGUGUGUGACCUACGUGGGUCAGAAGCUGUGUUUCGUGGUGUUCCCCCAAGAAGACCUGUCAGAGAUCACCCCCCUCACAGCCUCGGAUAAACACAUCGACUGAACGAGUCCCACCCCUCACAGCUUCCGCUAAACACAUCGACUGAACGAGCCCCCCCCUCACAGUCUCGGAUAAACACAUCGACUGAAAGACUGAAUGAGCCCCCCCCCUCACAGCCUCGGAUAAACACAUCGACUGAACGACUGAACGAGCCAUCCCCCACCUCACAGCCUCGGAUAAACACAUCGACUGAAUGAGCCCCCCCCUCACAGCCUCGGAUAAACACAUCGACUGAAUGAGCCACCCCUCACAGCCUCGGAUAAACACAACAACUGAACGAGCCCCCCCCCACAGCCUCGGAUAAACACAACAACUGAACGAGCCCCCCCUCACAGCCUCGGAUAAACACAUCGACUGAACGAGCCCCCCCCCUCACAGCCUUGGAUAAACACAACAACUGAACGAGCC